GUGUCGUUGGAUAGCCAAGUUGCGGAAGUGCGCGCUCAGCAGAGGCUGGCAGCUUGAAAUGCAUUUACAUUAGGACCUUGCGCAGCCUACAGUACAUAUCGACCUGUAACAUGAUUUGUUGUUGGGGAUAUGAUAAUGAAAGAAUAUCUAUUCCACUGAACUGACACCGUUUCGAGUUCAGUAGCCUACCUGCGUUGUCCUGAGUGAGACCAAUCGUUAUUUUCAUGCGUCUGGAUUGGUCGGCUGGCGCGUUUACAGAGUUAUGGGUGCAUUACAGUCGUUACCUGAUGAACCCGAAUACAGAGAUCUCUCAGAAAAGACCGGCUUUUCCUUCGAGCAGAUUGGAAUCCUGCAUAAAAGAUUCAAGCAGUUGAGCCACAAUGAAGACACGCUGAGACGAGAUGACCUCAACACAAUUCCAGACCUGUCAUGCAACCCGAUCCGAACCCAAAUUAUAGAGGCCUUCUUUGACAAAAGAAACUUCCAUCAGAAUGGUGAGGGGACUGUCCAGGAGAUCAGCUUUGAGGAGUUCCUGGUGGUCAUGUCCCACUUCAGACCUCCAGCACUGGACAUGACAGAGGAACAGAGAGAGAUUAUCAGGAGGGAAAAACUCCGCUUCCUAUUUAACAUGCACGACACAGACAAUGAUGGAACAAUCACUCUGGAGGAGUACCGACAUGUAGUGGAGGAGCUGCUGUCUCGGAGUGGAGCCCUGGGGAAGGAAACGGCUAAAGGCAUAGCAGACGCUGCCAUGCUGGAGGUAGCCAGUAUCUCCAUGGGUCACAUGGAACCAGAUGAGUUUUAUGAGGGGAUCACUUUUGAACAUUUCCUAAAGAUACUGAAAGAUAUUGAGAUCGAGACAAGAAUGAACAUUCGCUUUUUGAAUAUGGACACGACGAACCUGUGCAACAGAACCCAGAGCGUGAGGUUGAAUGGAUGCCUGUCAGGGGAGCUGUCAUCAUCAACAGGCUCACCCCAGGGAUCUGUCUUCUCAUCACUCCUCUAUACCCUGUACACUGAUGGUUGUCGUAGCCAGUACGAGAACUGACACGGAAGUCCCCCUACCUUCAGAACAUUAUCAUCAAAGGACAGGACAGUGUAGACAACUACAAGUAUCUUGGCACAAUGAUAGCUAAAAUAGUGAAAGUGGGCAGGGAAGUCCAGCAGAGUAGUCUGUCUGACCUGUACAAGAGAACAGAUAAGUGGUGAUGAAGGCAGAAUCGAUCCUGUCUGACUGUGCCUAUCCCCUACACCUCGAGUUCCAGGUCCUACCCUCUGCCUCCCGGUGUAGAUUCCCCACUGUUAAUACUAAUAGGUACAAGCACACUUGUCACCACAAUAGCCAUUUCCCUUAUGAAUAUAGGGAAGAUAAUGAGGUAGGCUAGGGGUGAUUUUGAGGAUGAUGAUGGUAAAAUGUUGUUGAUGAUGUGAUGAAGGUGAUGUUGCCGUUGUUUUGGGGGUUUUGUCAGCACAUUGAUGAUAUGUUGUUGACAAGAUGACCUAAUAUAGGGAAUAUAGAACACUUUACUUAUUAGACAACUUUGGCUCACUGUACUUUUGUGCUUCUGAUAAUGUCGGUCACUAGUAGGCCUACUGUAUAUAUUAGUAUUGAUGGCUAUUAGUAUUGAUGGACCAGCUAGACCGUUGUAUUCACUAGAACUGUGUGUCAUUGUAAUCCAUGUGGAUUUUAUACUGUUUGUUCAAUGUUGUUUUUAAUUCUCCUUUGCUGCUAAACCAAUUUCCCUCUGGGACAAUUAAAGUUGAAACUUGAACAUACUGA